GCAGGCUCACCUGAGGCAAACUGUUCAGCUAGCGGAGACCCCUGUCAGGAAGGAGUGGUACUGCCUGUGUGGUACCCUCAGAACCCCUCUGUGGGGGACAAAGUGGCACGCGCCAUUGUUUACUUCGUAGCACUCAUCUAUAUGUUCCUGGGCAUGAGCAUUAUAGCGGACCGAUUCAUGUCUUCUAUAGAGGUCAUCACCUCCCAAGAGAAGGAAAUCACCAUAAAGAGGCCGAAUGGUGAGACCACCACCGCCACGGUCAGGAUCUGGAAUGAGACCGUCUCUAAUCUCACUUUAAUGGCCUUGGGUUCCAGUGCCCCCGAGAUACUGCUGUCAGUUAUUGAGGUGUGUGGUCACGGUUUCAAGGCUGGCUCUCUGGGUCCCAGCACUAUCGUGGGCAGCGCUGCCUUCAACAUGUUCAUCAUCAUCGCCCUGUGUGUGUACGUGGUUCCUGAUGGAGAGACGCGCAAAAUCAAACACCUUCGGGUGUUCUUCGUCACGGCGGCCUGGAGUAUCUUCGCCUACAUCUGGCUUUACCUGAUACUGAGUGUCUUUUCCCCUGGAGAAGUGGAGGUGUGGGAGGCGGUGCUGACCUUCCUCUUCUUCCCACUCUGUGUUGUCCAGGCCUGGGUGGCCGACCGCCGCCUCCUCUUCUACAAGUACGUCCGCAAGCGUUACCGCGCUGACAAGCACCGCGGCAUCAUCAUUGAGACGGAGGGAGGGCCGGACGGGGAGAUGAGUAUGGGCAGAGGCGGAGCACUGGGUCCAGGGGGGUUCACCAAGAUGGACAUGCUGGAGCUGGACGGACAGAUGGCCUUGAAUUGUCACAGCGGGAUGGACGGAGGGAUGAUGGAAGACGGAGGAGCCAAGGACGAGGAGGACGAGGCCAGAAGGGACAUGGCGAGGACGCUGAAGGACAUGAAGCAGAGGCACCCGGACAAAGACAUGGAACAGCUGAUUGAGAUGGCUAAUUAUCAGGUCCUGAUGCAGCAGCAGAAGAGCAGAGCGUUCUACCGUAUCCAGGCAACCAGGAUGAUGAUUGGAGCUGGCAACAUCCUCAAGAAGCACGCUGCUGACCAGGCUCGCAAGGUGGUGAGCAGCAAUGAGACCCAGGCACAGGAGGACGACCCUCACACCAUCAAGAUGGAGUUUGAACCCUUUGAAAACUGCGGCUCCUUGAAACUGACCGUUGCCAGACACGGAGGAGACUCUGGAGUAACUGUCAAGGUGGAUUAUCGCACCGAGGACGGCACAGCAAACGCAGGUUCGGAUUACGAGUUUGCAGAGGGAACUCUGCUGUUUAAACCAGGAGAGACCCUCAAAGAGAUCACAGUCGGAGUGAUUGAUGACGACAUCUUUGAGGAGGAUGAGUAUUUCUACGUCCACCUCAGUAAUCCUCGAGUGGUUGGUUAUCCUGAGAUUGGCACCGCCCCGCUGGAUGCCAGUGCCACCCCCAAAGCCGUGCUGGGUGACAACCACACAGCCACAGUGACCAUCUACGAUGAUGAUCAUGCAGGCAUCUUUACCUUUGAGACUGCCAGUCAGAAGGUCAGUGAGAGCGUAGGUGUGAUGGAGGUGAAGGUGCUCAGGACUUCGGGGGCCCGAGGCCUGGUAGCCGUCCCCUACCGAACCGUGGAUGCCAGCGCUAGGGCAGGGGAGGACUACGAAUUGGCCGCUGGCAAGCUGGAGUUUCAGAAUGACGAGACCAUGAAGAUCAUCGAGGUGAAGAUUAUUGAUGAUGAGGAGUAUGAGAAGAACAAGAACUUCAUCAUCGAGCUGGGAGAGCCCGUUCUGUUGGAGAUAGGGCAGAAACACGGUGACUCCAAUGAGAACAAGCCGUUGGUGGGAGCAGAGGAUGAAGAGGUGGCCAAGAUGGGCUGUCCCAGUCUGGGCAAACACACACAAGUAGAGGUGGUCAUAGAAGAGUCCUACGAGUUUAAGAAUACAGUGGAUAAGUUGAUCAAGAAGACAAACCUGGCCUUGGUGGUGGGAAGCAGCAGCUGGAGGGAGCAGUUUGUCAGUGCUGUUACUGUCAGCGCAGGAGAUGACGACGACGAGGAGAGCGGCGAGGAGCGGCUGCCGUCCUGCUUCGACUACAUCAUGCACUUCCUCACCGUCUUCUGGAAGGUUCUGUUCGCCUUCGUCCCGCCCACGGAGUACUGGAACGGCUGGGCCUGCUUCAUUGUCUCCAUAUCACUUAUUGGCGUCCUGACGGCAGUCACCGGCGAUCUGGCAUCACACUUUGGCUGCACGGUAGGACUGAAGGACUCGGUGACGGCCGUGGUGUUUGUGGCCCUGGGAACAUCGGUACCAGACACAUUCGCCAGCAAGGUUGCCGCCAUCCAGGACCAAUACGCUGACGCCUCCAUCGGCAACGUCACCGGCUCCAACGCCGUCAACGUUUUCCUUGGCAUCGGAGUGGCGUGGACCAUCGCCGCCGUCGUCUGGCGCUCCAAGGGCGAGGUGUUCAAGGUGGACCCAGGAAACCUGGCCUUCUCUGUCACCCUCUUCACCAUCAUGGCUCUGUUGUGUGUGAUCACACUGCUGUACCGGCGGCGGCCGGGGGUGGCCGGUGGCGAGCUGGGCGGGCCGCGGACUUGCAAGAUAAUAACGUCGCUGCUGUUUGUCUCCAUGUGGCUGAUUUACAUCCUGCUGGCUUCACUGGAGGCCUACUGCCAUUUACCAGUGUUUUAAAUGGAGAGAGGAGAGGAGGGAGAGAGACCCACUGCCAAUAUGGAGAGAGAGAGAGGGAGAGGGAGGGAGGAAUGGAGGAGUAUUCAAACAGGAACGAGACGAGGAGAGAUGGGUAGAAGAGGUGGAUUGAUAUACGCCGAUUCUGAUAUUUUUUAUGGAUUCAGCAGAUCUUUCCAUGUCCUUUUU